AUGUCCGUGAAUCCGGUGAUGGGAAGUGAAACGGUUGCGGUCUAUGGUCGAGGUCUCGUGGAGGAAGAAAGCGACAAAUGUGGAGAACAUGGCGAACUUGAGGCUGGAGGCAUCUGCGAAUGUGAUCCCAAUUGGUACCAUAUUCAGAUUGAUGAUGGUUCGGUUAUGUGGUGUUCGUAUAACAACAGGGAGACGCCCGAUAUUCCGGGAUACUACUGGAAGGAGAACGGCCUCAGUCCUGGGGAGUUCGAGCUUGUCUCUCCCAUACGCACGGCUCUUGUCAGUUGUCGUUUCAUCCGGGACCGUUUCUGUGGCCCGAGUGUCGAGGAGGUCAUUGCUCGCCUUCCGCCGGGUUGUGAGAUUGCCUUGCAACGGUUCAAUUGGAAUAUCACCCUCCAUUUCUCAGACUACCGCCCGGAUAAGCAGUAG